ACUGACUGGUAAACGUCAACAAUGUUCGACGUUGACAUUUGACUUGUGACUUCACUACUUCAGUGACUUGACUUUGACAGUUUCAACUCGAACGAGGAUCGAGACGAUAUCCUGUGAAUUCAUUUGUGAAAAUUCUAAUAAGACUUAUUAGAAUCUCAAGACUUCGUUGAUUUCUUUUUGUGAUACGAAGAUACGCUACGUCGACAGUAAAAUGGUGUACCAACGUGAUCCGACUGUGGUGGGAGUGCCUAACUUCAAUGCGACCGAAGAUGCGGCCGCUCUAAGAGCCGCCAUGAAGGGUUUCGGCACAGACGAGCAGGCCAUCAUAGACAUCUUGACGACGCGCUCCAACGCCCAGCGACAGGCCAUCGCUAAGGCAUUCACCCACGAAUAUGGCAGGGACAUCAUUGAAGACUUAAAAUCGGAGUUAGGCGGUCACUUCGAAGAUGUGAUUGUUGCGCUGAUGAUGCCGCCUGAAGAGUACCUUUGCAAGGAGCUGAACAAGUGCAUGGAGGGUAUGGGCACGGAUGAAGACACCCUCGUCGAGAUCCUCUGCACCAGGACCAAGCCGGAGAUCGCAGCUAUCGUGCAGGCUUAUGAGAGACUGUACGACCGUCCUCUGGCCGAGCACAUGUGCUCGGAGACCUCCGGCGACUUCCGACGCCUGCUGACCCUCAUUGUCACUUCGUCUACUCGACAGGGGGCGCGGGACGACGAGAGCGGAGUAGACCCUGAGAAGGCGCGGGAGGAUGCACAGGCACUGUAUGAUGCUGGAGAGGCCAAGUGGGGGACUGAUGAGGAGGUCUUCAACAGGAUCCUGGCCCACGAGAGCUUUGCCCAGCUGAGCCAGAUUUUCGAGGAGUACAAGAACAUCUCCGGCCGAACCAUCGAGCAAGCCAUCAAGGCGGAGAUCGACGGAGAGCUGAAAGACGCGCUCUCUGCUAUUGUGGAGUGCGUGGAGAAUGCGCCCGCCUGGUUCGCGGCGCGGCUGCGCAACGCCAUGCAGGGCGCCGGCACCUCGGACGAGGUCCUCGUCAGGGUCAUCACCAGCCGCGCCGAGAUCGACCUCGGCUCCAUCAAGGCCGAGUACGAACGAUUGUAUGAUAAGACCCUCCAGAGCGACCUCUCGCAGGGUGAAACUUCCGGAGACUACAAGCGCGCCUUGGUGGCGCUGCUGGGGCCCGUUUAAGUGCGAAGAUGGUGAAUUUUCCUGCAGGAAACAAGUAAAUGGAGAUCUAAAAAGAUUCGGAAUCGAUUGAAAAUCUUAUAAAGUGAUAACUUUUAGCCGAAUCCUGUCUAAAACAGGAUAGAAUGAGAAAUGCUGAAUAGUCUGCCAAUACUCGAUUAUACAAUGUGAUAGGGGUGAGACUUCUAACCCGUUAAGGCUGAGUACUACAUCUAAUUUUAUCGACAAAAGUCGGGGGUCGAAGGGGUCGAAUCGCCUCCCCCUAAAAGUUAUGGCUAUUUUAAUAUUUUUUUACUUUUUUUGAUAUCAAAGGUUGUAUGCGUCGUAGAAACAAAAAAAAACGACAAACGGUAGCUAAUAACCUUGGCUAACUAAUUCAUUACGUUUUUCAUAUGUUUGAUAAUGUUUUGGUGAGAAAAAAAAUCAUUUGUGAAUUAUUUUUACCGAAAAAUCACUAUUUUUCAAUAUUUUCAAUUAGGGGUUCAACCCCCCAUAUUAUUUUUUUUGUCGAUAAAAUUAGAUGUAGUACUCAGCCUUAACGGGUUAGAAGUCCCACGCCUAUCACAUUGUAUAAAUUUCCUUCGUUUUGCUCUUUAGACCUCCAUUUAUUUGACAAACUUCAAAAAUAAGCUUCUGUGUCUUGUGCCGCUAAAGUGUAGAGUAAGCAUAGUUAUGUCUACUCAAGUUGUCUUUGAGAUAGUUUGCAUAUUAGCACAUUUUCAUUAUUAAAUGUUACAUUUAGACAUAUUUAUGUAUUCGGUCUAAUUGGACCUAAAACUUUGUAGUACAUAAUAUUUUAAGUUUUACUACACAUUAUAUUAGUUUUAAGCUCUAAUUUGAUAGGUUUUUUGAAGAUAUUAAACAGAUUUUUUAUUGAAUUGUUUUAAAAAGUAUUGAAAUUUUAUUUUUAUCGAAUAUUGGAUUGUUAAAAAAGUAUUAUUUUGAUUGGUUGUUUAAAAUAACUUGAAUAUUUAUUACAUUAUUUAGAAUCUCCAAUACCUCCGUUUUGCAUAAUAAAUAAUAAUAAAUCUUCAUAAUGACGAUAACCCCCGAAAUAUACGACUGAUUUUACUAAUCUGUGCAACGAAUAUCGCGACUGGCCGAUUUUAAACCUUAUUUCCUACAAAAUGAAGUUCAGUAUUGAUCGGUUCUCGAAUUUCAGCACAUUAUGUAUGCUUAUAGUGCUUAUUUUAUUAGUAGUUAUAUAAGAUCGAUAGUACAUUGAAUGUAGCACGCAAUCCUGCCUUAGCAGUGCCUUUGUUUCACGAAAUAAUAAUAAUAUUUCAAUAGAGAAAACAAUAUUUUAAUGUCUCAGUGACUAAAAAGAGAAUACCUAUAAUAUUUGAGUGUCCCAGUGACAAAAAUGUAGAAUUAUUGUCAAUUCUAUUUGUAGUUUAACGCAUUGUUGUUAUUAAUUGGAUAAUAAUAUAUAUUUAUGAAGAUGUUUAUUGUGUAUCCGAGUUCCAUUCCAUUUCGAAUCGUUUUAAUUUAUCGUAGCUUUAAUUUUAUUUACAAAUAAAAUAUUAAUGUGUA